CCACUCUCCAGGUGAUGUCCUUAUGGUACAGCCAAGUAAUCUACAUGAUGUUGUACAAGAAUUUAUCAAUCAUUUAUCACUUCAAUGCGACCAAACAUUUUACCUUGAACAGAAUGAUUUAGAUCUACAUGUUCCACACCAGCUUCCCCAGCCAUGCUCCAUUCAGCAUCUUGUGGAACAUUAUUUAGACAUCCAAGGUGUACCAAGAAGAUACUUCUUUGAGCUUCUUUCCCAUUUCACAAGUUCAGACCUGGAAAAGGAAAAACUUCUAGAGUUUUGCUCUGCAGAAGGUCAGGAAGAACUUUGUUCUUAUUGCUACAGACAGAAAAGGACAACUUUGGAGGUUCUUCAAGACUUCCCUUCUGCUUGUGCAAACAUUCCAUUCAAGUAUUUAUUUGACCUGAUUCCACCAAUUCAACCUCGAGCUUUUUCUAUUGCUUCCUCUUUGAAGGUUCGUCCAGAUGAAGUUCAAUUACUGGUAGCUGUUGUAAACUACAAAACUAAACUUAUCAAACNGCUGACUCGGACUGGCUGUGCACCGUUUAGAAGUCUUAUUGAAGAAAGAGUUUCACAGUCGGCCGGAGGAUGUGUGCUGUUCUUUGGCUGUCGGAACAGUAGCAAAGAUUUCUUUUUCCGAGACCAAUGGCGUUUACUGAUUGAAGGUGGGAGUUUAAGGUUGUUCACUGCUUUUUCAAGAGAUCAGGAAGACAAGAUCUACGUCCAGCACAAGUUACUGGAGAACAGCUCUCUCGUCUGGGAUCUUCUGGUCAACAAGCAUGGAUGGUUUUACAUAGCCGGAAACUCUCAGCGGAUGCCCACUGAUGUUACCGAUGCCCUUCUUGAAGUAUUUAUUAAAGAAGGUAAAAUGGACAGACCGAAAGCCGAGGAAUUUCUUAAAACGUUAGAAAGUACAAAACAUUUCCAGAGCGAAACCUGGUCAUAAUUCAAAGAAGUUUUCGAUCUAGUCAUGAGGACAAAUCUUAGUUUAUAACUGCUUAGGAAAGAUAUUUUAAUUUUUAUUCGAAUGGCAGAUUAAAGCAAAUUUUAAAACA